AUGUCUACCAACAUACAAAUAGAAAAUAUCAUUGCAAACUGUGAUCAGUCAAUCCAGAAGAACAAUAAUGAGGAUCCUUUGAUAUUCAUUGUUAAAGAGGACGGACACCUUUCUAUCAUGGAUUGCGAGGAAGACUCUUCUUUAAAUGACAAUGUCCGAGCGGAGAACGAAGCGGCAAAUCGUGAUGGUCCAAGUGGUGAAUCUAAAGCUAAGAGCUUAGAAAACCUGUGCAGUAUAAACAGCAUUGAGCAAUCAGUUGAUAAUAUUCCAGAAAAUUCCGAUUCGGAAAAUUCUGAUUCUGACUAUAUUCCUAGUACAGACAAUGAUAGUGACAAUCCAGUUCUUGUUCAUAGUGAUAAUGAACUAGCCCUAGGAAAUAUGUCUUCGAACGAUGCAGAACAUGGAUAUAUGAACGAAGGACGAAAACGAAAACACAAAUCUGACCAAAACGAAUGGAAGAAGAUAAAAAAUCAAAAGCUUCGUAUGGAAGGGAAACAAUAUUUAGGAUACACUAAACCAAGAAAUCAAACAAUGAAGCAAAAUAAAAUACGAGAGGCCAGAUCUCUGAACCAGGUUGCUCAUCUUCCCUUUGUCUGA